AUGGCGACCACAUCAGACGAAACGAAGAAGGACGGGAAGGCUUUCUACGGCUAUCUGUUUACCAAGGCGAAGCCAAUACCAGCUCCAACUCCCGUCUUUGAUGCGCUCUUGAGAGCUAUUGCGCUACAUAUUACUACCGAACUCGGCGACAAAAGUGAAGCCCACUUGACCCCUGGGAAGCUGGCUGCCUUCUACAAAACUGCCGGCCAUGAUUGGGAUUCUUUCUUUAACGACAUGCCUCAUACGGGUAUCUCCACGGUCUACCAGGGCCUGGGCUGCCAGCACUCCCUUUUGCCGAGUGUCGACGACUUCGCUGCGCCCUCAGUCCCGGCCCUGACCACCAAGGGAUUCGUGCACUGGCAGACGAUCCAGACCUUACUCGGGCCCCAGGAACAAGUGCCGGUGCUGCAGUUUGCCGCGGCCCAUUGGGCCCUGAAGCAUCCUGACACGGGAACUCCGCUGCCCGUGGACCUUCCAAAAGAAGCGUUUCCGUCCGAGACUGACUCUGAAACCGAUCGCUGGUAUCAGGAGUGUGCGCAAAUAGCGCGCUCUAAGGCGGUUGCAGAGGAGCAAACGGACGUUCCGAAGGAGGCCCCCAAGCCCGAAGCACCCAAGUUCGAUGCACCCAAGCCUGAGUCCGCCGACCGCAAGGUUCCUUACACGCAUGUUCGUAUGAACUCAUCAACGCCGCGUGAUUACUUCGCUUCACGCCCGGUCAACGUUGCCUACGUACACAUUCCAUCUCCUCGCGCUACACCAACUGGACGCUCCCCUGAGCGGGACCGAGUUCGGGACCGGGGGGAACGUUUCGUUCGCCGUCAGGCGACGCCAGCAGAAGAAGCUGCGCAACGACGCCGGAGCUUUUCCGACUACCCACACUCACCACAGGAGGCGCGCCCCGUGCGGGUGCCUCGCCCCGCUCCCGAGCGCGAUGCACAACGCCGACGGCAUAGUCAUCCCCGACACUACAGCAGCUCAUCCGACUCAGAUGAUGCGUCCGUCAGCCCUCGGGCUGCUCCGCGGCGUGUCCAGCGGUCAAACGAGCCACCGCCGAUCACUGUCCGCCGUGUUUAUACGGGCAGCUCUGAGGACUCACCACGUGUUAUCCGUACCACGAUGGCCCCGCCCCCAAUCCCGCCGUCGCACAUGCAUUCUCCUCGCCCAGCAACCAGCAGCCGCGCGCCGAGCCGCGAAGAGACCAAACGGCGCAGCGCUCUCUACGACAUCAAGGAGAAAAUAUCUAACUUUAUCAGCCCAUCCGCCGAAGACCCCGCCAGGGCGCGCAGCGUAAGUGGCUCGCGGGGGAGGCGAGACGGGCCGUCCGGGUCGGCGAGGGGUUCGAGAGAAGAUAUCAUCCCCAAUUCAAGACUGAGCCGGUCAUGGUCCGAAAUCGACACCGACGACACGGACUUGGAAGAAGAAAGGAGGCGCCGUAGCAGACGACCUUCACGAGAAACCCGGGAACCGCAUCGCGAAAAGGACAGAGACCGCGAACGCGAACGAGACCGAGACCGAGACCGAGCGGCGCGCGACCGUGAGCGGGACCGCGAGCGAGACAGGGACCACGGCAGAGGCCGCACGGAGCGCCCCUCCCCCCGAGAGCGCGACAGGGCCCACAGCGACGGCGACCGGCACCGCCACGAGCGGCGCGAAAGAGACCGGGACCGGGACCAACCCCGAGACACCAUUCUCAACACCCCCCCAAACACCCGGGACCGUCUUGUCCCCGUCCCCAGCCCCGCCGCCUCCGCCGCCGCCUCCGCCCUGCACCGCGACACCAGCGCCAGCAGCCUCAACCCCCCCAUCUCCAUCUCCUCGGCCGCCGCCCCGCGCCGCCGCGGCGUCUCGGACGAGGACCUCUCCCCGACGCGCCGCCGCUGGGGCCGCGGCCCCUACCUCACCAGCGCCGUCGACGGCGACCACCACCACCGGCGGACGAGCAGCCACGCGGAUCUGGACCGGCUCGAUGGCAGCGGUCGGCGGUGGGGCGGCAGCGGUGGCGGGGACUGGGAGCGUGUUGAGCGGGGGCCGCCGCAUAGGGAGACGGAGCGGGAGUUGAGAGAGCGGGAUCAUCGGAUGCGGGAGAGGGAGAGGGAGAGGGAGAGAGACCGGGACAGGGACAGGGACAGGGAGAGGGAGAGGUUUAGGGAGGAGGGUGGGGAGCGGUGGCGGAGGGGGGAUGAUCGCGUGCCGCGGGAGAGGGAAAGGGAGAGGGAUAGGGAGAGGGAUAGGGAUCGUGAGAGGGAGAGGAUGCCUAGCCCGGCUAUGUCGGGAGCGUCGGUGACGGGGGUUGGGGGGAGGAAAUACCCCGAUACCAUGUCGUGGGUGAGGGAUUGA